AUGCUAAACACACAUAUCUCAAAAACACCUAAGGGAUUUGAAACGGGUCGUUACUUGUCCAUUGACUUCCUCGGAACUACCCACAAGCUAGCGAUUGUUACAUUUGUACCAGGCGAGCAUUAUCCAGUCGUGGAUGAAGUCACAUUUCACUUUCCACAAAAAUUUUUAAAAUGCUCGCUUCAGGAGUUUCUGGAAUAUCUGGCCAAAACUGUGGAGGACUUUCUCACUAGUCGCGGUCUCGAGGAUCAGAUAAUUCACGCUUGUCUAAGCCUGCCAUUUCCCCUUUUAAACUCCUCUUUAAAGGCAGGCGAACUAAUUAAAUGUACCAAAAACUUCAACUUUCGCCAAUCCAGUAGAGUUGAACUUGUUUCUGCUUUCCAAAAGGUUCUUGACAAAAAAAAGGUACGUGUUCGGUGCGACGCCUUAGUGAAUGACUGUACUGCUGUCCUGGAAGCCUGCGCGGUAGGUGACGCUGAGUGUGCCGCUUCUUUCAUCCUAGAUGCUGGCGUAAAUGCAUCUUAUCUGGAAAGAAUCUCAAAUAUACGUCGUGAUGACAGAUUUGACGAAGAUGCCAGGAGCGUGAUAUUGAAUAUGGAACUUGCCGGAUUUGGUGACGGUGGAUGCUUACGAAGGUUUCUGACAGAAUUUGAUAAAAGAGUUGACCGGGUGUCCAACGCUCCAGGCAUACACACGUUUGAGAAGCUAGUGAGCGGAGAACACAUGGCAGAACUCGUGCGUCAGGUGCUAAAGCUUCUCACGUCUCGCGGUCAACUCUUUGGUGGUGUGUGGCCGGCGUCACUCAGGGACAACAACAGCUUCCCGGCCAGAUUUUUGUGCGAAAUCGACCGUGACCCCCCGCACCUCUUCUACAGCACUGAGUUCGUGCUGCGUGAAGACCUCCACGUGCACAACCUCACCGCGGACGACCUGCACAUUGUCCGCUACGUCUGCAGCGCCGUCACCUACCGCUCUGCCUGUCUCUCGGCUGCUGCCGCCGUCACCAUUUUGAAGCGCCUCAGUCGACUUCGAGUGACAAUGGGCGUUGACGGCUACAUGUUUCGUCAGCAUCCGACGUUUUGCAAGCAGAUGGUCGCUGUGAUGUCUACGCUCAUGCCCAAGCACAUGGCGUUUCGGCUGAAACUUCUGGAACAUGGCUAUUCAGCAGGCGGCGCUGCAAUUCUCGCGCUCUACAAGGACGAAGGCAAUCGUGCUCCAUUUUAG